GUCGUCGGUUUGUCGCUCCGUGUAACUCUCUCUCUUUCUCUCUCUCUUUUUCCUAUUUUUCUCUCUCGUUCUUUCUCUUUCUUUCUUUCUGUUUCUCUCUCUCUGUCUCUUUCUCUCUCGUUCUCUCUCUCUCUCUCUCUCAGGUCUCUCUAUCUCUAUUUUUUUUAUUCUUAAAAAUUUUCAUUCGAUACAAUUCGCCAGAAAUUUUCAAUCAGGAUUCGUAGAAUACGACUCUUAUUUUAUCAUUUUUUGAGACCAACACCACCACCAUUGCCACCGCCACCGCCACCGCCACCGCCGCAACUUGUUAGGGGAAAUGAGGGACGAAGUGAAGAUGGACGCGAAUCGGCUCAUCGCCGAAGUUUACAAGCGACCCGCGCUUUGGAACCAGAGACACAUAUCCUAUCAUAAUCGAGAAGUGACCAACCGCGUUUGGAUGGAAAUUGCAGCGAUCUUCAAGCUUCCCAAACCAGUAUUAAAGGCUAAAUGGAAAGGUCUACGAGAUACAUUUCGUGCCGAGCUCAAGAAGGAUCAAGUUUAUCGAAAGAGUAAAUAUCAUCGUAACAGACCAGUAUGGAUUCAUUUCAAGAGUCUACAAUUCUUAAAAGAGCAAAUGCUUCCAAGGCCACCUAUUUGGGAGCGUGGAAAAGCAGGUAUAGAUGGAGAUCAUGGAUUAGGAGAAAACGAUUCAGAAGGAAUGUUGAGUAAGAAUGGUACGUCGUUGGGCAGAAGUUUGGACGACAGGGAUGCACUGGCUGAUCAUUUGUUAUCGAUGAGCAGUGAAAAUGGAACGUUGAAAAUCGAUGGUAUCGAUCAUCGAGUUGACGUCAAACAAGAACCGGAAGAGAGCUUCGAUAAUUUGGAAUUUCAAAAUGUGACGGAUAAUUUAGCGGACAAUGAAAUGAUGUUGCAAAAUAUAUCACCUGAACAAGUGUUGAUGGGUGAGAAUGAUAAUGGUAUCGGAUUAACGGUUGAUCCUCUUGAAGGUAAUCGUUUUGACGAUAAUUAUUAUUUCCUCAUGAGUCUUUUACCACACAUCAGAACUCUACCUGCCGAUCGAAGAAUGUUACUUAGAAUGCAAAUGCAAGAAUUGGUUUACAAGGAAGUUUAUAAAAAAGGUAACGAAGAUGUCGAUGCCUCAUGAGAGAAGGAACUCGGACAAGCGUCGCCUACGACGCCAAAUUCAAAGAAAAAGACGACCGAACUUCGUGGAGAAUCGAAGGGAGAUUUGUCCUCACAAUCUUCAAGAACGAAACCGUCUUCUUCGUCGAAAGCGGAAAAGGUCGCGUAGCGAAACGGAACGAAUAGAUACAUACAUAUAUAUAUAUACAUAUAUAUACAACAGUCUUAACAGUUUUGUUCCUUUCUAUGCGUGGAUUUCUACCUGGAGACAAUGACACUUUCCGUUUUGCUCGUAAAACCAUUGAAAUUGGCCGUGAAAAUCGGUAGAGAGUAGAAACGAAGACGACGGUAAUGAAAUGGUUUAUGAAUUUUUUAACAAAAAUUGUUUAAAAUACGCGCACUUUUUUUUAAUUAAUUCCACUGUAAGAUAUCGAGUUCAAUGAUUUUUGAAUGAUUUUAAUAAUCAUUCAUUUUCUUUUCUUUUCCUUUUUUUUUUGACGUACGAAAAUUCGUUUUUUUUCCAAGGAAAUAGAAAUAAUUCGAUAUCGAUGCUCAGCUCGAACCUUGCGUAACGGUUUUUCGAACGAGCGGAUGCACAAAUUUCUCUUAAACGAAAGUUCUUUGUGCCAUAAUUAGUACGUGUAUAGUACGAGGAGCGCACGAACGGGCUUCCAAUUGUUACUUUGCUUUUUUUUUUUACAUUAAUUUCGUCCAUCGACGUAUAUAGAUCGAUAUUAGUCGAUAUUAUAGUAUGUAUGUAAAUAGACAUGAUCGACAGAGAAACGAUUGGUCGAUUGUUAAUAUAUCGAAUGCAAGGAUAUCUUAUGCGAGAUCGUUUGCAGAAAAAGAAAAUAUAUUGUCGAGCAUGUUACUAUUAUUACCUCGAUGACUAUAAAUAAUUUUCAAAUUCAACCGCAUAAGCAACGACGAUUAUUAUACAAUGUCUCGGUAUAUAUAGAAUCGAGAAUAUCAUCUAUUCUAUCAUAUUCCUUUUCUCACGGAAUUUAUGUUAGCGUUGACCCCAACGUGCGUUGGAGGUAAUGAAAAAAAGAUGACGACGACGACGAAGAAGAAGAAGACGAAGAGAAGGGAAAGGUAAAAGAAUAUCGAGCGAAAGGGAAGACAAACUAGGUCCUGGUCAAUAGCGUGGGAGUUAAAAUAUGUAUAAAAAGGGGUUCCGUAGGUUGAGAAUCACUGGUACGCUCGGUACCUGCAGGUACGAACAUGCAGCGUGCACCUGUGUGCCAAGAUGGACGUCAUGUAUAUACACUUGCCUGCCUCGGUAGAAGUCAGUGCGCAUGCGCGACCGCUCGUGACCAGUCGCGCGACUCCGUUCUCGGUCGGCCGUUUCGCUCGCUUUCGCGCUGCGACUCACGCCGUGUUCGGUCUGUCGCUCUUCUUCUCUUCCUCAGUUUUUCCGUAGUCUCUUAUUCGUACGGUUGUUUGUUUCUCCUUUCGUUCGUUCGUUCGUUCGUUUUUUUAUUCGUUACAUAUACCUUUUACCAUAGUCUCGACGACUGUUAUUUCUAUGCUUCAAAUUUCUCUCCCUCAUUCCUUUUACCUCUCCCUCUUGUCCACUUGUUAUUACCGUUAGUCCAAAUGAAGCAUCUCCUUUUUUAUUUUCUUUCCUCGCACGAACGAACGGGGACGAGUCAAACGCACAGGUGUUUAUAUCAAUCUCUUGGCUGACAAGUCUCUACGGAAUAAAAACGUAUUAUCAUCUUAUACGAAGAGCCAUUUACGAAACACAACGAACAUCACAACUAUCUUACAACAUUCGAAAAUAAAUCUCGUUUAUAUAAAAUCGUGACGCGUACAUCUUUCUUCUACAAUUGGAAUAUAUCUGGGAAAUAUAUAUUCUCUACCAUUCACUUCAUCCCUGGCUUACAUCUUCUGAAUCAUCAUUAUCUUCGUCAUUAUUUCAAGGUGAGUCGACUCUCGCGUAACGUCUUUUGGCGAAAAAACCUGUUUCUUUUUUUUCAAGGAAUUCUCCAAAUCAUCGGCCUUGACCUUCUUACCUAUCAAUGUUCUUUCUCUCUCUCUCUCUUUCUCUCUCUCUCUUUUUCUCUCUUUCUGUUUGUAUAAUCGCGAUGCACCGAAGAAAAUAAUUUCGGUAUAUUACUAUACAACUGUAAUGUGAUACGUAUACCGAACUUUCAAUCUUUUUUAUUCCCGUAUAUAUUCGAAUCAUUUCUUCUCUAAACGCCGUAAUUUCAAAAAUAUAUAUGAUGUGUAUAUGUAUAUAUAUAUAUAUAUAUAUAUAUAUAUGUGUGUCCUCUUUUGUGCUGCGUCUUUUGUUUCCGGCCGUUGUGUCGUCGCGUUUCAUUGGAUCUUACUGGAAAAGAAGCCGUAAGAAUGUCGGGAUCAAGUGAAUUUCGGAGAGAAAUAAUUCCUGACCGUUAAUAUUCUUUGUAAAACUUCAUUUAGUUUCUCUCAUAAUACUCUCCUCGGAACCCUUUUAUAUUUUUACCAACUGUCGACUUAUUUGAAGAGCUGUUUCGGUGUAAAAAAAAAAAAUAAUUAUAAUGAUUAUUUUAUAGCUUGUGUUCAUUCCGAUUAGAGGUGAUUGUAAAGAACGAUGUAAUGUUUGUAUUAUUCGUAUGCAAUAUUUUAAAUGUAUGUAUGUAUUGUAUGUAUGUGUAUAUGUAUUACGAGCGUGGUACACCAGUGUUUGUUGUCAUAAUCACAAGUGAGAAUAUUUUUGCAACGAUAUAUAAACGUCGGGAUAACAAGGUAACAUUUCGAAAACAUUCAAACAGUUUCUCCUUUUCAAACAUAUUACCUAUAGUUUUCUGAUUCGUCGUAAGGUAUACAAAAGGUAGAUGCAAUCUUUCACGAUUGUAUGUAAAUAAAGUUGAAAGAACAA